AUGUCAACUCAGGACCCAUUAGAAAACUUUUAUAGACAAUUCCAAAUAUUCGUCAAGAAUAAUCCGAAUGUUAUAUCUGCUGCUCGUGCAGCUUCCCAAAUCCCUGAAUCAGCAAAAGCAGUCAUCAUCCUCUCCCCUUAUUCCUUACAACAUCAAUUCCCACGAGACUGGGUCUCCAGCUCAUACAAGAAAACAAUAGUGGAAAGACCAGAAAGAUUACUAGCAUGCUCAAUGGGUAUUUCUGCCGCUAUUACAAUGUAUCCAGCACUAUUCACUUUAAAAUCAUCCCAUAACAAAAUGGGUUCUCUUUUAUCACCUCACGUUUAUAAAGUGCAUGGUAGUCAAUGGCCUAAAGAAAUCCUCCGAUUAUGUAAAGAAGCUGAUUCAAAAUUAGCUCAGGGGAAACUGGAAGUACCAGAUUCAUGGAAUUCUGGUGACAUUUAUUUAAGCUCUAAAACAGUUCAAGCAUUACAAGGGUCUAUUGGUGCCUUGGAGACAGCUGUAGAUUCCAUAUUCAAAGGUCCCUCCCCGGAGCAUAUUAGUAACAGAGCUUUUGUGGCUAUACGACCACCAGGACAUCAUUGUCAUUUCGCUACACCAUCAGGGUUUUGUGUCUUAAAUAAUGCACACGUUGCCAUUGAAUAUGCUGCGGAUAGUUAUGACGUGACACAUGUUGCUGUGUUGGAUUUCGAUUUGCAUCAUGGAGAUGGUACACAGGAUAUUUGUUGGAAACGUGCUGGUUUCAAACCAGAUGAAGAAACUAAGGAAAACGAAGAGUAUGAUGGAUUUGGGAAAAAAUUAGCUGAGUUUCCAAGGGUCGGGUAUUUCUCAAUGCACGAUAUUAAUUCCUUCCCAACAGAAUCGGGUUUUGCAACAAAGGAAAACAUCAAGAAUGCUUCAACUUGUAUAAUGAAUUCACAUGAUUUGAAUAUUUGGAAUAUUCAUUUGUCCAGUUGGAGUAAUGAGGAGGAAUUUUCUAAAUUAUAUCGUUCCAAAUAUAGAUUAUUAUUUGCCAAAGCUGAUGAGUUUUUCAAAACCGCGAAGAGUGAAAUGGCUGAUAUGGGGAAACCAUUCAAGGGAUUAAUAUUAUUAAGUGCUGGAUUUGAUGCCUCCGAAUUCGAACAGAAAACGAUGCAAAGGCAUUCAGUUAACGUACCGACUGAAUUUUAUACCAUGUUUACCAAGGAUGCCUUAAAAUUGGCUCAAAUGCAUUGUCAAGGGAAAGUUUUAUCGUUAAUGGAAGGUGGUUAUUCAGAUAAAGCCAUUACGUCAGGUGUGUUUGCACAUCUAAUUGGACUUCAAAAUCAAGAUUGGAUCAAAGAAUGGGGGUCGGAACAUGUCGUUAAGGAAAUUGUACGUGGUUGUAAACCAGCAUGGAAACCUUACAAAACAAAGCGAUCGAAAGAUGUUAUAAGGGUAUGGGCAGAAGAAGUAAUACGCUUAGGUAGGUCGAUGAUUCCUGAAUUUGAAGAUGUAAUUUUCAAAUCAAAAGAGAAAAUAAGACAGAAAACUGACGUGGCACCUACGAUUUCUCAAAGAGUAACCAGAUCACAUGGACAUUAUCAACCUACUUCCCCUGUGAAAGACUCUGAUGUAAAACUGGAUAGACACUCUCCGGAAAAGACAACGACAGUCGAUAAAGAUAGGAAUGUACCUUUUAUUGAACAACACUUUUCUGAUGAAGAUGAAAAUGAAGAUGACGAUUAUGUUUAUGAUGAAGAAUUAAAUGAAACAUUUAACAAGACAGUCGAAGAUAUUACUAUUGAUGACAUUUCAAGACAUUUGGAGACGUUAGAAAUCGUCCAAUCAGAUGAUGAAGAGGAAGAACAACAAUCAAGGAGCAGAUCCCAACGUUCAAGUCACCAACAGCAACAGCAACAACCGAGACGUUUGCAGAGUAAUGGAAUGUAUAAAAUCCCAUCCAGAACAACUACACAGCAUUUAAGACAAAGUCGUAAUCCCAACGCUCCUGGUUACGAAGACAGUGAUAUAUCCAUGAUCUCUCAUAUUUCCACCACAAGGAAACAUACUACAAGAAGUGGAGGCAGAUGGUAG